AUGCUCAGCAGUCAGGCUUUCUCCUUCCCCAUGGCCCACAUCAUCCUCUUUGUCUUCACGGCUUCCACCGUAUUUCACAUUCAGCAGCGGCUAGCGAAGAUUCCACUCACAUGGGACUUUGAGACGCUGGUCUUGACGAGGACGGAACGCCCCACGAGCCAGCCGCCCAGGGGUAUGUGGACCAUCAACGCCAUCGGCCGCCUGGGGAACCAGAUGGGGGAGUACGCCACCCUCUACGCCCUGGCCAAGAUGAACGGGAGGCCGGCCUUCAUCCCGGCCGAGAUGCACGGCACGCUGGCGCCCAUCUUCCGAAUCAGCCUCCCGGUCCUGCACGGCACCACGGCCAACAGGAUCCCGUGGCGGAACUACCACCUGAACGACUGGAUGGAGGAGCGCUACCGCCACAUCCCGGGCGAGUACGUGCGCCUCACCGGCUACCCCUGCUCCUGGACCUUCUACCACCACCUGCGAGACGAGAUCCUGCGGGAGUUCACCCUGCACGACCACGUGCGGGAGGACGCCCAGAGGUUCCUGCGGGGCCUGCAGGUGAAUGGCAGACAGCCGGGCACCUUCGUGGGGGUCCACGUGCGCCGGGGGGACUACGUGCGCGUCAUGCCGCGGGUGUGGAAGGGCGUGGUCGCCGACCGGCAGUACCUAGAGCAGGCCCUGGACUGGUUCCGGGCCCGCUAUGACUCCCCCAUCUUUGUGGUCUCCAGCAACGGCAUGGCCUGGUGUCGGGAGAACAUCAACGCCUCCCGUGGGGACGUGGUGUUCGCCGGCAACGGCAUCGAGAACUCCCCCGCCAAGGACUUCGCGCUGCUCACGCAGUGCAACCACACCAUCAUGACCAUUGGGACGUUCGGGAUCUGGGCCGCCUACCUCGCGGGCGGAGAGACCAUCUACCUGGCCAAUUACACCCUGCCCGACUCCCCCUUCCUCAAACUCUUUAAGCCAGAGGCAGCCUUCCUGCCCGAGUGGAUUGGGAUCGACGCAGACCUCUCUCCCCUACUCAAGCACUGA